GUAUUUGCAUAUCCCCGCCCGUCGAGUGGUUCUGCAGUGGUUGGAGAAGGCUUGUGCGAGCGAGCUCUCAAAUUGCGCGCACUAAGUUGGAGAGGCUCUGAGACUCCGGAGGAAGAUUCGCCUGUUGACUGUCGAACGAGUGAAAAGAACUGCUACAUUACACAUGUGUGCACAUCUGCUCAAACGGUUUCUCGUUAAUAAUUUAGCCUGACUUUCUUUGUGCGCGUGAAUGUAGCCAAUCUUUUCUGUUCAUUCCGUUAAACGCAAGGCACAGCCCACAAUUAUGAGGUGCAGCCAUGGCAGGCAAGGGUAAGGCAGCCGCGAGGACGCUGGAGGAUUUGACGCUCGAUUCCGGUUAUGGUGGAGCGGCGGACUCGUUUAGGUCGUCCAGCGUGUCGCUCUGCUGUUCCGACACGCACCCGUCGUUUCCGCAUGGGGGAAACUGCUGGCAUCUGACCGAAUCCAUGCACAGCAGACACAACAGUCUGGACACGGUGAACACCGUGCUGGCGGAAGACACGGAGAUCCUCGAGUGCUCGGGCCAAUGUGCCAAGCUGCCAGAGCUCGAGGAGGUGCCGUGGAGCGUGGCCGAGGUGGAGGGCGCGCUGCGGAAAGACGACGAGGUGGUGCGCUCAGCCGGCGCGUCUCGCGAGAUCGUGGCCAAGCUGUCUGCGCUGCUGAGCCGCGCGCUAGUCAGGAUCGCCCGUGAGGCGCAGCGUCUGAGCCUGCGCUACGCCAAGUGCACCAAGCACGAGGUCCAGAGCGCCAUCAAAGUGGUGCUGUCAUGGACCAUCUCCGCCAACUGCGUGACUGCGGCGCUCGGUGCGCUCUCGCUGUACAACAUGAGCACGGGCGAUCGCUUCAGCCGAGGCAAGUCGGCGCGUUGCGGUCUCGUCUUCUCCGUGGGCAAGUUCUUCCGGUGGAUGGUGGACAGUCGUGUGGCUUUGAGGAUCCACGAGCACGCCGCCAUCUACCUGACCGCUUGCAUGGAGACCCUCUUCCGCGAGGUGUUCGGUCGCGUACAGAGGAGCGCACUCGUGGAAAAGGAAAACGGAGUUCCCAAGCUCACAGUCGAGUCCCUGGAACAAGCGAUCAACAACGACUCAGAGCUAUGGGGUCUGCUGCAGCCCUACCAGCAUCUCAUCUGUGGCAAAAACGCAAGCGGUGUGCUGAGCCUGCCGGACAGCCUGAAUGUACACCAUGAUCAGCAAAGAGGGGGGAAGAAUGCAGAAGGUCAUGUCUUUACCCAGGCUGAACUGCGCACCAUUGAACAAUCUCUCCUGGCCACCCGUGUGGGGAGCAUUGCUGAGCUAAGUGAUCUGGUGUCUCGCGCCAUGCACCACCUCCAGCCCCUCCACAUCAAGAGCCCAACCAAUGGCACGCCGGUGCACCAGAACCGUGGAGGACCUAUACACUGGGAACCGGAGGCUCUGUACACCCUCUGCUACUUCAUGCACUGUCCCCAGAUAGAGUGGGAGAACCCCAACGUGGAGCCGUCCAAGGUCACCCUGCACACAGAAAGGCCGUUCAUCGUGCUGCCUCCACUAAUGGAGUGGAUUCGGGUGGCUGUAGCACACACUGAGCACCGGCUCAGCGUUUCUGUAGACAGCGAUGACGUGAGACAGGCCGCCAGACUGCUCCUGCCUGGAGUGGACUGCGAGCCGCGGCAGCUAAAAGCAGAUGAUUGCUUCUGUGCCACACGAAAGCUGGAUGCAGCCUCCACAGAGGCCAAGUUUCUGCAGGACCUGGGCUUUCGGAUGCUCAACUGUGGUCGCACUGACCUCGUCAAGCAAGCAGUUAAUCUCCUGGGACCUGACGGCAUAAACAGCAUGAGUGAACAGGGAAUGACCCCGCUCAUGUACGCAUGUGUCCGUGGUGACGAGGCCAUGGUACAGAUGCUGCUGGACGCUGGGGCUGAUAUCAAUAGUGAGGUUCCCAGCUCAAUACACAGACACCCCUCAGUUUAUCCUGACACCAGGCAGGGGACUCCACUCACUUUCGCCGUGUUGCACGGACACGUCGCUGUCGUGCAGCUGCUACUGGAUGCUCGAGCCAACGUGGAGGGGGCGUUGCAGGAUGGCGCUGAGAACUACGCUGAAACACCGCUCCAGCUGGCCUCUGCUGCAGGCAAUUUUGAGUUGGUCAGUCUACUUUUGGAGAGGGGAGCAGACCCCUUAAUUGGAACCACAUAUCGCAAUGGCAUUACUUCGGCUCCUUUAGGGGAUAUGAACUCGUACAGCCUCGCUGCAUCACAUGGGCACAGGAACGUUUUCCGGAAGCUUCUGUCCCAGUCGGAGAAGGACAAAGGAGACAUGAUGUCUCUAGAGGAGAUCCUGGCUGAGGGCUCGGAGGCUGGCGGGGAGAAACGAACAAGCCACUCGGAGGGCACCCUGCGCACAGGCAAGGCGAAACUGAGGGCCCUCCGAGAGGCCAUGUACCACAGCGCCGAACACGGCCAUGUGGACAUUACCAUAGACAUCCGCAGCUUGGGUGUACCGUGGACUCUGCACACAUGGCUGGAGUCUCUGAAGACAUGCUUUCUGCAGCAGCGACGGCCGCUGAUCCAGGGCUUGCUUAAAGACUUUAGCUGCAUCCAGGAGGACGAGUACACUGAAGAACUCAUCACACAUGGCCUACCGCUUAUGUUCCAGAUCCUCCGGGCCAGCAAGAACGAAGUCAUCAGCCAGCAGCUAGCUGUAAUCUUCACCCAAUGCUAUGGACCAUUUCCAAUUCCCAAACUGACAGAGAUCAAAAAGAAACAAACCUCACGACUGGAUCCACACUUCCUGAAUAACAAAGAGAUGUCAGAUGUGACAUUCCUGGUGGAGGGAAAACCAUUUUAUGCCCACAAGGUUCUGCUCUUCACAGCAUCAGCGAGGUUUAAGUCUCUGCUCUCCAAUCGACCCGCUGCAGAGAACACAUGCAUUGAAAUCAGUCACGUCAAGUACAACAUUUUUCAGUUGGUGAUGCAGUAUCUGUACUGCGGUGGCACUGAGUCACUGCACAUCAGAAACACUGAAGUCAUGGAGCUCCUGUCUGCAGCCAAGUUCUUCCAGCUUGAGGCCCUCCAGCGACACUGUGAGAUCAUCUGCUCCAAGAACAUCACCAUAGAAACCUGUGUGGACAUUUACAAACAUGCAAAGUUCCUGGGAGCCACAGAGCUGUCAACCUUCAUCGAAGGCUACUUUCUGAAGAACAUGGUGCUCCUGAUUGAGCUGGAGAACUUUAAGCAGCUCCUGUACGAGGUACCUGCUGAGAGCCCCGGCCCAGGCCCUUCCUACGAUGUGCUCAAUGAUGUGGAACAAACCCUGGCCACUCGCAUCCACUCCAUUCAUCUCUCCUCUUCCAAGGGCUCUGUUGUUUGAUUCCUGUUGCGUCUGAUGCAGUGCAAGAUUUCACCCAUUUUGGCCUGCUGUGCGACUUUGGAUUCAUUGCAGCCUCCUUUUGGUGUCUUUGGCUGAUUUCUAGGAUGAAUGUUUGUGAGCUUAUGACAUCCACUGAUCUGUACCAAGAGGUUGCAGGUCUGUUUUUUUUUAAACUUCAGAGGCGAAUGUGCCAUUUCACAGGAUACAUUACGUGUCAUGCAAACACUUAACCAGCAUUCUGACAUGUAAUCGCUGGGCAAAAACAGACAUUUUACUACUAAAGAUGUCAUCUUCAUUCUGCUUAAGCUCCUGUGGACACCAUGAAUUGGGGUUUAGUCACUGCAUUUCCAUCACAUUAUCUUUCCCUCACCACUUGUCCAGCAACAGAUAUGGAAAAUAUUAAGUAAAGUUUUUCCUUUCACCAGUCACAUUCAAGAUAAAGAACACGUCAAUCAAAAAUGCUCUAAUUACAGACUCAUGAGUGAAAACAUUGAACCAAUCUGCUAUAUCUAAUUAGAGUACACCUUUGAUAUCAAUGUGCCAUUCUCAAAUGAUAUAGAAGCUAUUUAUUUAUGCUAUGACUUUUCUUUGAGUUUACAUUAUUUGUAGCAGUAAAUAAGGAUUAGUAUGGAACAGUGGAUUAGUCUACAAAUUAGUUUGCAAACAGCGUAAAAGUGUGUGUGUGUGUGUG